UAUAACCUAAAUUUGUAUUGGUCUUGUUUCCAGGUUUAAUUCUCUGAUAUAUAUCCUAGCAAGGGAGCAUGGUUACAUGGAUCUAAGACCUGUUCAUAGAAUAGACAGAUUAACGAGUGGAAUCGUUAUUCUAGCAAAGUCAAAAGUUGCUGCCGCUUCCGCAAAGAAACUGUUAGAGAGAAGUGACGUUGAAAAAGAGUAUUUGGCUCUGGUGAGAGGAAGGUUUUCAACUACUAGCCUCACUCAUACCAGCACACUCUCUUCACAUAAUAUUUCUCAUAAUGUUUCAGCUCAGACGAAAAAUUUAGUCUCUACUACAGAGUUUAAACUUGUUACAUACUACCCAAAAUCCAAUACCUCAUUAGUUGAUUGCCGACCAAUAACAGGCAGAACUCAUCAAAUAAGAUUGCACCUGAAGGAAUUGGGAUUUUUAAUAGUGAAUGAUCUUUUGUACGGAGAUAGACCACUUCAUCUGAAGAAAAUAAGCGAACAGCUAGAAUUGCGGAGAGAGACCUUCACAAAACGAAAAGCAAACGCUGUUGAAAAUGUCUUAAAAAAUUUCAAUAAUAAUCUCUCCAAAAAUAAUGAAGCGCAAGUAAAUUUUGCCGUCAGUGAGAAGUCUAUUAUGGAAAGAUUCUCAAAGUUUCCUACUUGUGUGUUCUGUCAGGAUCCCUCCCUAAUAAGAGCAGAUUUUGAGCUUGGCUCGAUACAGGAAGAAGGAUACAUAUGCUUGCAUUCUAAACGGUAUAAGUUGGGAAGUCAAGAAUUUGUAGCUGAACUGCCAGAGUGGAUUGAUCAUUCAUUGUAGAUUUCAAUAGGAUUGUUGAAUAUAAUGAAAAAAGUUAUAUAUGAUAUAUAUAAAUAUAUUUGUAUAACAUAAAACAUAAAACAUGUACAAAAUAUGGUACUAGUUCUGUAAAUAGAUAAAUUAUUCAAAAUCUUUACCAAUCCCAACUUACAAGUUGAAUUUUACGUUUAACUAUUGACUGCAAAAUGGUGGGAUUAUUGUUUAACUGUUUGCCUUUUUGUUUGGAUCAAAAACUUGUGAACUAUUAAAUGGACAAAUUUUUAUUAAUUUUUGUACGAAAUCAAACAUUUGUUUAUUUGAACGAAAUCUUGUAACAUUUGUUUUUUUUGGACAAAAUAUUUGUUUCCCCGUUAAUAAAGAGUUAAAAAUGCAA